AUGCUGCUCGUCGUCGCGUUUGGCGUUUUCGUCGCGGGACCCGUAUUCGCGCAGACCGUCUCCGAUGAGGCCGCAAUUGCGCCACAGUCGAAUCCCACAGUUACACCAAAUCAAUGGAUUUUACCCACUCUUCCUACGAUUGAUCCGAACGCGUGGCUCAAAUUGAUUCCGAGUUUACCGCCGCUUGAUCCAAACGCGAUCCUCGCGAAUCUACCCACAUUGCCACCGAUUCCGACGUUGGAUCCGAAUUUUUGGGCGAACCUUCCAACGCUGGCACCCCUACCAACUUUGGAUCCAAAUUUCUGGAAUAAUUUGCCAACAUUGCCAACUUUGGAUCCAAAUUUCUGGGCGAAUCUUCCAACGCUGGCACCUUUACCAACUUUGGAUCCAAAUUUCUGGAAUAAUUUGCCAACAUUGCCAACAUUGGAUCCAAAUUUCUGGGCGAACCUUCCAACGCUGGCACCCCUACCAACUUUGGAUCCAAAUUUUUGGAGCAAUUUGCCAACGCUUCCGCCGUUUCCGACCAUCGAUCCGAAUAUUUUCAAAAUCGUGCCGAGAGCCGAACAGUGCGCCUUUAAACUGCACGAGGAGAUCGCGAAAAACGCGGCUGACUUCAAUUUCACCAACAUUCGCGCGCUUUUCGACGAUUUGAGUCGAAAAAUGGCAAUCGUGUGCAGCGUCGAGCAGCGUCGAAAAUUCGGCGAAUUUUUGGCGAAAUAUCCGGAUUUGAUUGAAAACGCGCAGAGCGUUCGCGAAUUGCCGACGGUGACCGACGAGGAAACGCGAAAUGUCGUCGACGGUGUGCUGAAACCCGACGGUUUUGCCGUUUUGCAAUUUUUCCUCAAAAAAUCGAUGGAAAACCUGCAAAAUCCGACGGCCACUGCAAUUCUCAACAAAUUAUCAACACAAUUGUCGAUAAUUCAACUCGAUUUGCUGUUUAGCCCAAUUUAG